AGCAGUAUGAGUGCCAGUCCGAUUAUCAUUACCAAGAAAGAGACACAAAGCUAAUUUUACAGAACAGAGAAAGAUGAGGCAGAGAGCAGGAAGAGUAAAACAUGGACAGUAAAACAGACAAAGACUCAACAGUAUCAUUAGAAAUUACUCUAUUACAAAAAUAACAAAAUCAAAAUGGGAAUUCAAAACUCAAACAAUAAAGAAAUAAAUAAAUGUAGAGCACAAGAACAGCAGUAAAAUCAAAUAAAAAAGUGCCCAAUGCCAGGGACUGCGACCCACAUUCAGAUUAAUACAUACCCUGUCAAACUGUGCAGAUACGUUGGGUGACAAAUAGGACAAUUUUGCAAGUUUUUCUCUGAAACCAGGAACAGGAAAUGUUAUCACUUCUGUUCUUCUGUGCCAGAGAGCCUAAUUUGAGCCUGGAGAGAGAGAUGCAACAACACAUUUCUUCACUGUUAACAAUCCUGAUUUUUAUGCUUCAGUUUGAAGCAUGCAUCAGUGAAACCUACAUGGAUCUUUAUUACACACCGGGAAAUGAUGUCAUUCUCCCCUGUGAUAACACAUCCUCAUUGAACUCAUCAUGCUCCAUCAUUACGUGGUUUUAUAACAGAGAUAACUCUGAGACAACAGAAAUGGUUUGGAAUGGCGUUAUUAUGGAGAACUCAGCUCAAGCAGCCAGACUGAGUCUGUACAGUAACUGUUCCCUGGGCAUCAGGAACAUUGUUGCUGAAGAUGCUGGCCUUUACUGCUGUCGGUCUGGGAACACUACAGCCCAGGAUACAAAUGUGGGUCUGCAUAUUUUGAACAUUUCAGCAUCUCAGACACUAAACGGGGAUGGAUACAUCACAUUAGCAUGCACUCUCUUCAAAUACUCUGACUCCCAAUUGUGUGGCGAGAACAGCAUCCUCUGGUUGAACGAAAGAGGAACUGUGCUGCUUGGCAGUGGUGCCAGGGACACUGGACCGAUGUGCGUUUCUCUUUUGACUGUGAAACCUCAGAGGGCCCAACACAAAACCUACACCUGCCAGUAUAUCAAGAAAAACAGUGUGAAGAUAGAAGCUCACUACACACUUAGAGCAGUGAUCAGUGGACAGAUGUACCACCUCUAUCACAGACCUGGAGAUUGUGUCACUCUACCGUGUGACAGUCUAUCUGAUACAUGCGCCAUGAUUAACUGGCUUUACAGCAAAGACUCAUCUCAGACUGAAAUACUGGUUCAAAAUAGUAAUGUGAAGCAAUCAGCUCAAGCUGCCAGGCUGAGUCUGCAGAGUAACUGCUCUCUGGGCAUCAACAACAUCACUGCAGAGGAUGCUGGCAAAUACUUCUGUCGGCCUGAAGGGACCACUGGUCAGGGCACAAGUGUCUAUCUGCAUAUUUUGACCAUUUCAGGAUCUCCAUCAGACACUGACCCACAGAAGGAUGGAAACAUCACUUUGGAGUGCUCUCUGUUUAGAUACUAUUCUUCCAUACCCUGUAAAAAGAAGAGUAUCUGCUGGGUGGAUGAGACAGGAUUUGCACUGCCUGACAGAGGUGUCCUGCAAAAUGGGCAGACAAAAUGUGUUUCUCUUCUGACUGUGAAGCAUCAGAGUGACCAUAACAAAAGAUACACCUGCCAGUUUCUUAACAAAAAGACUGUGAUGAUAGAAGGUCACUACACACCUGUCUUUAUAGCCUCUACGAAUCCUCUGUCUGAUUCCACACCUAACAAGGGCUUCAUCAUCAUCGGUGCUGGGAUGGUGAUUCUGGUUCUGGUCGUCAUCUUUACUGUUUUCAUUAAGUACAGUAGGAGAGCCAAAGUGACAGAAGAUAUUCAAAAACGAUCCCACCACAAUGUGACUAUACUGAAAAAUACGCUAGAAAAUGAGAAAAUGAAAAAUAAAGAAACCCAUACAGGCACAUGGAGAACAAAGUCCAAACAAAAAGGUUCCAUCUGGCCUGCAGAUUUAAACUCAGGAUCUUCUUGCUGUGAGGACGAGCCAGAGGGGAAUAUCAUCUACGCCACAAUUGACCACUCUAAUCAAAAAACUCUGAAGAAAAAGCAGGUCAAAAACAAGGAGGCGGUGACUUAUUCUGCUGUGAAGACGAAGGCAGAAACUGACCCCGGCAGCAUCUACAGUAACAUCUGCUAAGCUUACCAAAAUGAAAUCAGAGGGAAUAAAACUUCUCAUAAUGUCAGUGCUAUCUACCCAUGCUGGUUCGGGUUUUAACACCACCACAGGCACCAACCACUUUGCAGCCACAGCUGAGUGCAGCAGCUUCAGCGAUGGAGGUACUGAACAUGGUCCAUUUGGACUCAAUGCCCCCAGUCUCCCUUUGAAUGCUGUUGAAGCUCUGCUGCAGGUGGGAGGUGAAGAUCUUGCGGACUGGGGCCUCUGCCAGACGUUUCCAGCGCACCCUCACUAUAUGUUUAGGUGCCACAGGUUUGUCCAGCAUCCUCCCCACCACCUGAUCCAACCCACCACCAGGUGGUGAUCAGUAGACACCUCAGCCCCUCUCUUUACCCGAGUGCCCAGUACAUAUGUCUCCAGAUCGGAUGAUACGAUUGCAAAAUCGAUCACCGAUUUUUAUUUGCUGGCUGCUGUGUUCGCUUCGGAUAACUCCUCACCCCCCACCCAUCCCCGUGGCUUGUCAUGUCCUUCAUAAUGUUGUGCUGUGGACAUUCAUGUGCUUUUUGUGCAGAGGAGUUUUUUUGUUUCCUGUUCUCAUGCUGUCCUACCAUGGAAGCACAGCAUGAGUAGGGGUCUCUUUUUUUCCUCUUGUACUCUCCCAUUGUAAUGUACAUUUCAAUGUUUUUCUCUAAUGCUACCAAUCUCCGACCUGUAUCCCCAUGUAAUGUCUGUGUUUUAUGUGUAAGGUCGGGGGGGUCCCAUUUCACUGCAGGGCAACCUGCAUGUGGCGAAUAAAGCUUUGAUUGAUUGAUUUAUUUU